AUGACUGUGCAACUGCAGCUGGUCGAUCGGGUGGACGUGUCAGGGAUAAUUUGGUACCACAUCCUGGUCACCGAGAGAGGGCAGCAGUGGCAGGUGAAGAAGACAUAUCACGAAUUUUUGCAUCUGGAUGCAAUGCUAUCUACAUCUCCUUUCGCGAGACCGCCACUGCCUGAGCAAGGUACGUUUGGUUUCCGGGCAAUGUUCAACAUUGGGGACUUCAACCAGAAACGUCAGGUUGGGUUGGCCAACUACCUUGCGCAACUCGCGCAGCAGCUUCAAAGCCUGGCGCAGCUACCAAUACUACAGCAGUGGUUGCAGCCGGCUCCAGCAUAUGCCCAGCCAGUCGUAGCUACCCUGGCACCGACCCCCAUGCCAGUGGCCAACCCUGUGGUUGCCCCAGGCACACUGCCGGCAGUCGCAGUGGCCAACGCUCAGCUGCCAGUUGCCAUGCCGCAGGCAAUGCCAGAUAUACCAGCAGUUGCAAUUGGGCAAGUCCAGCCCGCCGCAGUGUCCGCUGAUCCCAUGCAGGCCAUGAUGGCCAGUGCGCCUUGUGCACCUGCCCUGCCACCUGAACCGCAGGAGCAAGCUGUGCCAGGGCAACCUGCGCCAUUGGUGCAAGCAAUGCCGGGACAGGCGCAGCCAGUGAUGGGGCAACCGGUUCCGGUGCAGGAGCAGGCUGUGUCGGAGCAAGCUGUUCCGAUGGCUGUGCCAGGACAAGCUGUGCCUGUGCAGGCGCAGGCUAUGCCGGUGAUGGGGCAAGUGGUGCCCAUGCCGGGGCAAGCUCUACCGCAGCCUGCACUAGGACAAGUGCUGCCGUUGCCGGCAGGACAGGCCUUACCUGUGCAAGGGCAGCCCGUGAGCGGAACGGUGGGGCAAGCAGUCCCCAUAGUGGCACAAGCCAUACCGCUGCAGGCGCAAGCCUUCCCAAAUCAAGCCGUGUCAGCACAAGGAAUGCCGACUGGCCACGACAUUGCCCAAGGAAUGCCAGUGUCAGUGCAGGCGCAGGCUCUCCCAGGAGCCUAUGCUCAACCUGAUGUAUCACAGCCAGGCGCUAGCCUCGGCGACGGUGCAAAGCUGGCGGCCGGGGCCGCAGGACUUGCUGUUGGGCUGGGCACCGUGCUGGGAGUCCACGGCAAGGGCCACGGGCAUGAUUCUGGGCAUCGUGACUCCGAGUAUGGUCACUCUGGCCAUUCUGAGUUCGGCCACCACCAACAGCGGGGAUACAACCAGGGCGAUGGUGACUUUGGAGGCGCAAUGUUCGGUGGCUUCGGCAGAGAGCGAUGCUACAAGUGCCAUGGCCGUGGCUUCUCACACGAUUCCACCAUGAACCACGACAAGGACGAGGAUGAGAGGUGUUUCUUCUGCAAAGACUGCACUGGUUGCAACGGGACGGGACACAUCUCUGCCGGCAGUGGUGGUGGCUGGUUCGCUGGUGCCCAGCGAUGCUACAAGUGCCACGGCCGCGGCUUCUCGCACAAUUCCUCCAUGAAUCACGACAAGGACGAGGAUGAGAGGUGCUUCUUCUGUGAAGAUUGCACAGGCUGCAAUGGCAGAGGUCACCUCUGA